CGGUGGGAGUGGUAGCAGAAUUGGAAGCGGACGAGAUUUCAGAGGGACGCGCCUGACUAAGGGGGUGGUGCACGGCCAUGCGACUGCGAUGACGACCGGAGCUUGCUGCGUAGUCGUGACGCUGUUAAUAGCGGCCGCCGCCGCUGACAGCACAGACUUCUUCCUCAGGGAGAUCUUCCAAAAAUAUGGAAACAGCGGAGUCAUAACCUACGAGGGCUUCGAACACUUGCUGGAGAACCUGGGCAUCGGGCGUCUGGAGUUCGACAAGUCGCACAGCGUGGCGCUGCACCGCAUCAACGGCACCUUCCAGGAGGUGCACGACCAGCUGCGCCUGCACACGCACCACCACCACCGCCGGCGCAGGGGCAUCCCCGACACAGACUCGCCACUCGAGUUGGAUUUGGGCAUACCGCCGUCUGGAGACGACGGAGACGUCGGAGACGGUGGAGACGAUGGUGAGACAUCGGACGUCUCGCUUCAGCAAGAGACGCCGCCGGGGGCGCUGCCGGGCCCCUGCCUGUCGGCGCAGGAGCUGCUGCGCUCGCACGGGCUGCCCACGCACCACGACGUGCUCAUCUCGCAGCCCGUCUUCCUGCACCUCUGCCCCGCCAUCGUCUACGAGAUCGACCAGCGCGCCUGCUACGCUGCCGCCAGCGCCACCGCCGAGAGCCACGUCCACCAGGACGUCGUCGGUGCCACCGCGGCCGCAUGGUUGUAUGCCACUUUAAGCAUUGCCAUUAUAAGUGUGAGUGGCAUAAUAGGACUCAUUGUGGUGCCUUUAGCAAGCAAGGCAUAUUAUCAUCAGGUGCUGAGCUUCCUGAUUGCAACAGCAGUGGGAACUCUUUGUGGUGAUGCAUUGUUACACAUGCUUCCACACGCAUUAAGUGUUGGUGAUGACCAUGUGGCUCAUGCAUUUCACAGUCUAGUUGUAUUUGGAGCCAUGAUGUUUUUCUACUGCAUGGAAACUGUUCUGCGGAUACAUCGAGCAAACAGCUACAAGAAAGAAAUUGCCACCAAAGAUUUGGACGUGCAGCAGAAAAUAAUUAAUUCUGGUGAGACUGGAAGCAAUCUGGAGGUGGGCAUCAUCAUGCAGGGCCCAGAGAGAAAAAACAGCUUCAGCCGAAAGCACACUCACAGCCAUGGACUGUCCACCAGCAUAGCUGGCAGCCAUGACCAUGAUAUUUCAUCUGUAGCAUGGGUAGUGAUUGUGGGUGAUGGACUACACAAUCUAACUGAUGGUCUUGCCAUUGGAACAGCAUUUGCCGGAAGCACAGCUGCAGGCUUGGCUACUGCAAUAGCUGUUUUCUUUCAUGAAUUGCCUCACGAAUUGGGUGAUUUUGCAGUGCUACUGCAGUCAGGCAUGAGCAUUCGUCGUGCAGUGGUUUACAAUAUUCUCUCUUCAGUGCUUAGCUUUUUGGGCAUGGCGUGUGGACUUUGGGUGGGUGAAUAUGAGGAUGCUGCCAUGUGGAUAUACUCUGCAACUGCUGGUUCAUUCCUGUAUAUAGCUUUAGUAGAUCUUUUGCCAGAAAUGAAUUCCAGCUGUGAAGACCCUCCUACCAUCAAGGAUCUUAUCAUCCAUAUUUUGGGUAUUGCUGUUGGUGGUGCAAUAAUGCUUAUUAUAGCUCUGUAUGAGGAGAAGCUGGGAACACUUUUCAAUUGAGUUCCUUGACUGAAAGAGCAGUGUAAGAAGAUGACAUACUCUAUCUUCAGUCUUCUUCAUUUUAUUUUCAUCCAACUUACUCACAUGUGUGUAUAAAAAAAAACUGAUUGGAGACAGAGCACUUUUCAUCACUUACACAAUUCUAAAAUAAUUGCUGAUGACAGCUCAGCAUACCAACCAAACGUUUCUGUACAUGUCCUCAAUCAUGGUUUUGAGGAUACAUUGAACUAUGUUAUAUAAAUUGUUUGUAAAUAUUAAAGAAGUACUGUGAUAAAAUGUAAUAUAAGAUGUUAUUUCCUCUGUUAUGUGUGUUUUGGAACAUUGGCUGUGUUCAAUACUUCCGUGUGCAGUUGAUUCAUUAAUUUCUUGUUUUAAUGCUUACAAACAAACUUAAAUUUUUGAAAUUCUUCAUUGCAUUAAAUUUUGUAUCUUCUCUGAUGAAGCAGUAAAUUAAAAAAAAAUAUUAGUGUCUUCAGUGUACGGUAAUUCUACAGAUUUAUUUUUCUUUUUAUUAUGAUUUGGGUACCUGAAUUGUACAGUUAUUUUUUGUUUUGCACUUGUUUUAAUGCUCACAGAAAUAGGGUCAGUUCAGUCAGCUGUGUGUUAUCAAUGUGACCACAUUGUGUGUGUGACAUAUGAAUUUCUGUUACUUGGAUUACCUCAUAUUUAAUUUUUCAUAAUUCAUUUCUUAGGCUGUGCUAAACAACUUUAGAGAUGAAAUUUCCUGUUAGUUUAAAACAUACAUCUCUUCUCAAAGAUCUGCACCAAAUUAGAGUGAGAAAAAUGCUGUACACACUUUUGUAAUUGAAGAGUGGAAAAGGAAACUGUUGUGUCAAACCUGACAUUUUCCAGGAGAGUGAAAAAAACAACAUCUCUCUGUACAUAACUGAUAAGGUAUUAUGAUAAAUCAAAAUUAUAUGUUCAUCAUAUCACAGCAAAAAAUUAGACAAAUUAAAAAAUAAUACUUUAUUAAGAACAUUUUAAGUGCCAUACCAGGAAACUGAAUGAUUCUCACUUUCAAAACACAGUUUGCACAAGUUUCUUCCUGCAAAGAAGAAAAUAUCACCCAACCAUUGUUAAUAAUGCUAUUUAUUUACACAAAUAGUGCUAACAAGUUCUAUCUUCAGAUGAGUGUUCAUGUUUAUAUUACAUUAGUUGCUGGUUGUUUCUUCCGAUGACUACUGUAAACAACAUCAGAUGUAAUAUAAAUGUGAACAGCUGUCUGAAGGUGAACCUGUCACUUUGAAACUGGUAAUGACACUCUUUGUCUAAAUAAAUAGCAUUAUUAACAGUGGGUGUUUUCUGUUCCUUUUCUUUGGAAGAAACAAUAUGUAUUAAAUUUAGGAACUCCAGCACAGUUUGGCCUGAAGUCCCUGAAUGGUUUGGCAUCUAUCUCAAAUCUAGGAACAUGUAACAGAUAACCAAGAAUGCUAACACUGAAAAACCAUUUUGUGAAAAAGUGGCACUUAAAAUAUUUUCUAUUUCCACUCUUCAUCUGAUUUCAUAUCUUUUGUUUACAUUUUAAGAACACAGAAACUGAGUGAAUCUGCUGUCCAUGUUGUACUUUAUAUCACCUUUCUGAAUGUUGUGUCUUACUUAGCUUCAGACUAUAAUUCCCCUGCAUAUGUUAUAUACCAGAAUAUGGCCAUAUGUUCCUCCAUGUUCAACUGUAUUGUAUGUGACAAUUUGUUUGCUACAUGUUGUGAAGAUUAUAUUUUUAAAGUUUCUCAGACAUUGUAGAAAUAAAUAUAUUUCCUAAAAAUU